UUUUUCUUAUUUAACUGCGUAUAAGGAUCGCCAAUCAUUUCAAUCGAGAAGUUUUUCUGAAACCGAGUUGAAGGCACUAAAGAAGAAGAGUUUACACUGUUCUGGAAAAAAUGAUUACUCGAACAGUGGAUCUCCGGUCUGACACAGUCACCAAACCAACUGAAGCAAUGCGGGCUGCUAUGGCGACUGCUGUGGUUGAUGAUGACGUUUUGCACCAUGACCCAACUGCUUUAUGCUUGGAAACAGAAAUGGCAAGGAUCACGGGGAAGGAGGCAGCCCUAUUUGUUCCCUCAGGCACAAUGGGUAAUCUAAUUAGUGUGCUUGUUCAUUGCGACACUAGGGGAAGUGAAGUCAUUCUUGGAGACAAUUCCCAUAUCCACAUUUAUGAGAAUGGUGGCAUUUCAACAAUUGGAGGUGUGCAUCCAAGGACUGUAAAGAACAACCAAGAUGGAACAAUGGAUAUUGAUUUAAUUGAAGCUGCCAUUAGAGAUCCAGGAGGGGUGCUCGUGUACCCUACUACAAGGCUUAUCUGCUUGGAAAACACGCAUGCAAACUCUGGAGGUAGAUGUCUGUCUGUAGAAUAUGUAGACAAAGUUGGAGAGCUAGCCAAAAAGCAUGGUUUGAAGCUUCAUAUUGAUGGGGCCCGCAUUUUUAAUGCAUCGGUUGCACUCGGCAUUCCUGUUCAUAGGCUGGUGCAAGCUGCUGACUCCGUUUCGGUAUGCCUGUCAAAGGGUCUGGGUGCUCCAGUUGGAUCUGUUAUUGUUGGCUCCAGAAGCUUUAUUGCCAAGGCCAAAAUACUUCGGAAAACCUUAGGUGGUGGGAUGAGACAGGUUGGGAUCCUUUGCGCUGCUGCUUUGGUAGCUGUACAAGAAAAUGUUGUAAAGCUUGAAGGCGAUCACAAGAAAGCUAAGAUUUUAGCAGAAGGACUGAGUCAAAUCAAAGGAAUAAAAGUCGAUGUUGCUUCAGUGGAGACCAAUAUUAUAUAUUUUGACAUAGAUGAAAGCUCAAAGUUCACAGCAGAAAAACUGUGCGAGUACUUAGAAGAACAUGGUAUACUCGUGACGCAAGAGGGCCCAUUAAGGAUCAGGAUUGUCCUCCACCACCAAAUUUCUGAAAGUGAUGUGCAAUACACCUUGUCAUACUUUCAGCAUGCUCUAUCUGGUGUUCAAGAUCAAAAUGGCAUCUAGUGGGAGAAUUUGUCAUCACUCUCUUCCUUCUCAAGAAGCCCAUUGGGUUUUCUAAACUCGAAUAAUUUCGUAUUUAUUAUUUUUAUUUAAAUAAAGCAGCUCGUGAAAAUGUCCGAACUUUCGUGAACAAUAAAAUACGUCUUGAUGAAAAGUUCGAUCGCAACUUGUGUUCGAAUAAAAAUUAAAUGAAUGAAAUUUGACUAUUUACUAUUUGUUAA